AUGGCCAUGGCAUCGCCCCUGGCCCCCCCAGCGAAGAAGUGUAAGAUGAACUUCUCGGAGCGGGAGGUGGAGAUCAUCGUCGAGGAGCUGGAACGAGGCAAGCACCUGCUCAUCAACCACUUCAACGCGGGGGUCCCACUGGCCACCAAGGCCGCCACCUGGCACAACAUCUUGCGCUGUGUCAACGCCGUGGCCACCUACCGCCGCGAGCUGCCGGAGGUCAAGAAGAAGUGGUCAGACCUCAAGACUGAGGUGCGGCGCAAGGUGGCGCAGGUCCGGGCCGCUAUGGAAGGAGGUGGUAUAGGGCAGGAUGGAGCCGGCGAAGGUCAGGACGGCGAGGACCCGACUGGUGCCACAGCCACCCCUGUCAUACUUACCCCCAUGCAGCAGCGCAUCUGCAACCUGCUAGGAGAAGCCACCAUCAUCAGUCUGCCUACUGGGGAUUGCACUGCCGGGGAUGGUGCUGAGAUACCCAUCGCAGCCUCCACCACCACUAUCACCCUGACCCAGAUCCCUGGAGAGACAACUUACCAUAGUCUGGAGGAUGGAGUGGUGGAAUACUGCACAACAGAGGCUCCCACAACUGUUACUGCUGAAGCACCCUUGGAGAUGAUGGCACAUCAAGCUGAGGCAUCCGUGAAACCCCAGGAGCUGAAAAGCCGAAUUGCCCUGAAUUCAGCCAAGCUCCUGCAGGAGCAGCGAGUGACCAACCUGCAUGUGAAGGAGAUCGCCCAGCACUUGGAACAGCAAAAUGACCUGCUGCAGAUGAUCCGUCGCUCUCAGGAGGUUCAGGCAUGUGCACAAGAGCGUCAGGCGCAGGCUAUGGAAGGGACCCAGGCUGCUCUGAGUGCCCUCAUCCAGAUCUUACGCCCCAUGAUCAAGGACUUCCGUCGAUUCCUGCAAAGUAAUACACCCAAUCCUUCGGUAACUGCUGACCCCAGCCACGUGGCCCAGAAUGGGCAACAAGAUGGCAUCAUCCAAUGAAAUAAGGACCGACUGGACUCUUCUCUCAAAAGAGCUACAUUUGCUACUGUUGGACACACUGGGUCAGAGGUAGGAGGAACAAGAUCUGCUCUCGUCAUUGUGGAUUGGUUGAGUUCCCGUCCUCUGGGGUCAAAAGCUGUUCCUGGACAGCAUCCUUUUCUAUGAUGAUCCUGCACUAUCUGCUUCUGUGGACUCAACAUCCAGGAUGGCAGCCAGGAUGUGUGAUUAAACUUGGAAGUUAGUGUUGUUGGAUUUGGUUUCUUUUUUUAAAAAGAAAAAUAUUUUUUCCAUAUAGAUUUCUUAAAAGACAAUUAAUUAUUUUUAUUUCUAUCGUAAAAAAUGACACCUCUUCCCAAGACAUACAGCCUUUAACUGGCUUCUAACACAUGGAGGGUCUUGCAGUCAUGGCUCAUCUUUGAAGGUGCCCAGAUACUACAGAGGAGCUAAUGCAGUCCAGUCUCUUGCUGGACAUUUGUAGAGUAAUAAUAUGGUACCUGAGGUGGUGCAGCCACAUCUCUGUGCUGGAGGUUUGUGGAUGCUGCUCUUUAAGGGUGAAAGUCACCCCUGUAUAGAGGACAGCAC